AUGGAAGAAGAGACGGGGUCGACAGACCCGCCACAGCAAACUCAACGGACAACACUGUCCCAAGAACAACUAUCGUCGAUCCUGGCAGCGAUUUCGAACGCAAACGCCGCUCCAGCGCACGUCAAGACGACCGCAGCUCCGCCUUUCACAUUCCGGCGCAAGGGAUUUCAGUACCAAUACGACUUCAACUGUAAACUCAUCGAUCUUUUGGAAACAGCGGCUGGAAAAGGAACAGCAGAAGCGGCAGAAGAAAUCAAGCUAGCGAAGGAACGGCUCGUGGAGCGCAACGACACGUUGAAGAUCGGCGAUGAGAGCCCAGAGGUCUCCUCCUUUCUUGAAACAAAGGAGAAAGCGGAAAGCAUGAAGUCAUCGAGUCCUUGGUUGGCAGAGCUCCUAGAGCAGCAAAAAAAAGAAGAAAAGAAAAAAAAAACCACCACUCAACCAGCCCUUUCACCAAAGGGUUGCAGCCUGGACACCUGCGACCCGCUUCAACCGAGUCCCUGAACGUGCCACCAUGGAUGUGGCGGCAUUUCGACCUGGGUCCUCUCGUCACGUCUUCGGACCAACGCGAGGCCCCCAAAACCCGCAGCGAAGAGAGGAAGAGAAGCGACGAUUCUCACCGGAUCGAGGACGUCCGGGUGGAUGUUACCUCUGUGGAGCAGAGUCUCACUGGGCGAGAGAAUGCCCCAAAAGAAAAAGAGAGUAAAGGUAAGUUUAAAGCGGGAGGCAUUCACAAGAGCAGACACGCCUGGAGAGGUUUAGGAGCUUCAGCCUGGGUUCUCGACACCUUAGAAAAUGGUUUGAAAAUAGACCUAGUCUCGACUCCUAAGCCUCUCGAGGCAUUGUCGAACAGAUCGAGCGUACAGAGAAAUCAUGAUUUCGUUUCAGAGGAGGUGGUCAGGCUCGUCGAGACCGGAGCAGCGGAGGAAGUGCAGCUAGAACGGAACAACAACAGGACAAACUCGCUGCACGUGGCUACAGGAGGUAAAAAGCCUCGGCUUAUUCUAGAUUUAUCGAACUUUAACGACCACGGUAAGAAAGAACAUUGUCGUUUCGAAGACUGAGGUACAGUUAAAUGGCUUAUCCCUGAAGGGGCCUUUGUAGUAGUCUGCGAUUUGAGGGCAGGAUAUCACCAUGUUUUAAUCAGAGAGCAAGACAGAAAAUGGUUUGGUUUCACCUGGGAAGAAAAGUUCUACCGUUUCCGAGCUCUUCCUUUCGGGCUUAGUUGUGCCCCUUCGUGUUCACGAAGUUGUUAAGACCGUGGGUACACAAAUGGAGGCUCCAAGGUUGGGGAGUGUGCUUCUAUUUAGACGACGCCAUUAUAUGGGCCGAAUCAGAGAAAAAAUGCAGUGAAAUCGCAAAUUCGAUUAGAAAAGAUUUAGAAUCGGGAGGAUGGCAUUUCGCAGACGAAAAGUGUGAUUGGCAACCAACUCAGAAAAAGACUUGGUUAGGCAUAGAGGUAGAUACAGUAGAAAAAACCUUAUCACUAUCAGAAAACAGGAGAAAAUCUGCCAUAGACCGCCUAGAUAGCCUCCUGAGGCAGCAAAAACCCUCCUUGCAUGACAGAUUGCGAUUUACAGGUACUCUGGCUUCGGCAAGCCACGUGGUCAAUGAGGCCUUGAGGAAGACCAACAAGGAAUUGGUGACGGUGACGGCAGAGGCGCAAGGGGCUCGAAAAAACCUCGAGGAGCGUUGGCCAAUGUCGCAAGCUGAAAGAUCAGAGGCGGAGGCUUGGAAGAGUGAGUUGUUAAAGAAUAACUGGAUAUCGAGCUUUAAGCAGCCGCCUGGAAAACAGUUUGAACCUAAAUUCUAUCUUUGGGUAGACGCUUCCAAAAGCAAGGUUGGAGCGGCGUUCGAAAUUAAGAUGGGAAGUGAUAUUCUCGAGUUUUCCCAAGAAAUCCCAGAACCACUUAGGGGAAGAUCUAGUACUUUUAGAGAGCUUUUUGCGAUAUCGGCUGGGCUAUCAGCGUUCCAAGAUUUUCUCGUAAACGAAGUAGAGAUUAAAUGCGAUAAUCAGGCAGCAGUUACCAUUGUUAAAAAAGGAAGUCUAAAAAGAGACUUGCAAAAUUUAGCGAAAGAAAUUUGGAGGAAGGAGUCUGAGAAUAGAUUGAAUUUAAAUGUCGUUUGGGUUCCGAGAAGGGAAAACCAGCUGGCAGAUGCGCUGAGUCGCAUUAAAGACCCAGACGAUUGGGAGAUCCUUCCGAAAAUAGCCGAAACGGCAAUGAAUUAUCUACAAAAAUGCUCAUGGGAUCUGUUCGCGAACGAGAAAAACGCAAUUUGUUCCAGGUUCUGCGCCAGAUCCGAAUGUCCGGGAGCAGCGGCCGUGGACGCCUUCAGUUGCCCGGAGCUUCGGUACAGAAAUGACCUUUGGUUAGUCCCGCCAGUUCGUUUGGUACUAAAAACACUAGCCUUCAUGAAAAAACACAAAUCCAGGGGAAUCUUAGGAGUUCCAGAUUGGAGGAGUCAAUCAUUUUUUCCUCUUCUGAAAAUAGGCCAAGACUGGGCGCCAGAAAUAAAAGGGGGUACCAGAAUGCCACCGGGAGCCAAAAUGUUUGUACCUGGAGGGGCAGGGGAAGCUUCCAACUCUUUCGCAAAAUCACCGUUUUUAUUCUUACUAAUCGACUUCUCGACAAAACCAGUGCCCAGAAAGAAGUUUUCUUUUCAAUGAUAGUUUCCUCGCAGCUUUCCAAAGGUUUUAGGAUGCUCCCCUUGUAAACUUCGUUUUCCAAGCUGUACACGACCUAGUUGAAAAGCAAACUGAGUUAUUUGGGAAUGUAAUGGACAAAUAAUUGAAGUUUGCUUGGAAACACAGGGCGUGUCAACGAUGCGCGCGCGAAACGAUCACAUCGAAAGGCACACCGUUCGAAUGUGUACCGUAACCCGCGCCGGGCGAGGAGAGCGCGGUUUUUUUCAAAAUUCCCCCAGUUUUCCAGCUUUUGGGUUUUUACACGGGUUUUUUCUGUAAGACAAUACCCCACCCACCCACCCAGAAAAAGACAAGAUACGAGGAAAGAAAAGGUCAGAGUAGAAAUGCUUACAGAUAAUCGUUUCCUCAACUAUUUCCUUGGCGAGAUACAACCACAUGAAGCCUCUCUACAAAAAGCCAUUGCGUCGGCCGCAAGCAGGACAAAACCAACGGUACAAAAUCGGACGAAAUUGCCAUUUGAGCAUUACCGAAGGUUAGUAGAAACCGCGUCGAAGUACCCCGAGCUGGAUAGGGCAGGCACUUUGGCGAUUCUCCUAUUUAACGCAAUGCUCAGAAUAUCCGAGGCACUGGCUCUUCGUUGGGACGACGUUCAACUCGACAAACCCGACGGGGAAGGCAGUCUGCAAAUUAGACGAUCAAAGACAGACCAAGAAGGGAAAGGCGUGAAUCUUCCGAUCAAGCUGGAGAAGGAAGAGUUUCGGGUCGUCACCCGCUUCAAAUUGGUCAACGGCGCAGGUUUUAUCUUCUUAUCAGCCUCAACAAAAACGCCCAUCACCUACUCCACGGCAUGCAAAGAACUAAAACUUCUGCUUCAUAAGGCCGGACUCGAAAACUUCAACUACACUUCACAUGCCUUCAGGGGUGGUGCGGCAACAGCGGCCCUGGAAAGCGGAGUGGAUGGGACCGAAGUUAUGCGGGCGGGACGAUGGAAAUCAACUUCAGCGUUCGGAUGUUACAUCGGCAGAAAGCCAAUUAAGAAGUCAACAGAUGGAGAGCACGCCAACUUAGGAGAUGAAGACGGCUCGAGGAAGAACUAG